AUGUCGACCCCGUCCAAGAAAGGCGACCCGUUCCCGGACGUCGAGGCCAAGCUGCAGAAGGCCCACAAGCAGUCGGCGUUCGAGAAGGAGAAGGCCGAGCGAGAGGCCAAGCGCAAACGCGAGGCUGCCGAGACUGCCGCCGUCUACGAGAGUUUCGUCAAGAGCUUCGACCACGAUGACGACGACGACGGCGACGAGAUCAGCGCCAUUGCGCGCGGCCACCAGCAGAGCACACCCUUUGGCCGCGGGGGCGGCAGAGGAGGCGGGUUCACUCCCGUGGGCGGAGGUGUUGGCAAGCGACACUUCGGGACCGGUUUGAAGAGUGGGCCGGGCAGCCUUGGUCCGGCGCCAACGGGCUAUGCGAAGAGCGGACCGGGCAGUCUUGGGCCAAGCCCUGGCAGUUAUGGACGGAAAAGAGGCUUUGACGGAGGCUAUCAGAGGGACUUCGGGAGGCGCGACGACGACAGGGGCCGGCUUGGUGGCUACCAGGAUGACGACAGGGACUAUGGUACACCGACGACGAAGGGCCUAUCCAAGGUCUUCAGUACUAGCGAUGAUGAGGCCGAGGGGAAGCCUGACAGGGCGGAGGAAAGGGCCAUCGCCAAGCCAACCUUGCGGUUGGCGAACCUGCCGCCAGGUACUUCGCCUGCUGUCAUCAAGGCUUUGGUGCCAUCGAAUCUCACAGUCGAGAAUGUCAAGGUCAUACCGCCGGCGGCUUCAGCGACAAACGAGAGGAAGUCCAUGGCGGCCAUCGUUAUCCUGUCCCAGGAAACACCCGCCACAGACAUUGAUGCAGCGGUCAGCUCAUUGCAAAAUAGGUAUUUAGGCUAUGGGUUCUACUUGUCAUUGCACAGACAUCUAUCGUCCGCAGUCGCAACGACGACGGCAGCCUCGCUGACUUCGGCCGCAUCGUCUCAUCCGUUCGGGGCUAAGCCUGUGGUACAAGUCGAUGAUCAGCGCCCAAAUCACCAAACCCAGAUGCAUCGUGGAUUUGCCCCGCCAACUUCAUACGGACAUCCGGGUGGCCCGAUCAACAGGCAGGGUAUUUUCCACGUUCCUAUCCAGGCGCCGCAAGAUAUCAAACAACUGCAGCUCAUCCACAAAGUGCUCGAAUCUGUCCUGGAACACGGCCCAGAGUUUGAGGCGCUGCUCAUGUCACGGCCUGACGUACAGAGGGAAGAGAAGUGGGCCUGGCUCUGGGACGCCCGGAGCCAAGGUGGAGUUUGGUACCGGUGGCGGUUAUGGGAGAUAGCUACAGGCUUACGAAAGAAGGAUGGAAAGCAAGGCAAGUAUGUGCCCCUUUUCGAGAGCAGCCAUGCUUGGAAGGUCCCUGAGAAGCCACUGCAAUAUGAAUAUGCCACGAAUAUCAACGAGUUCGUGUCGGACUCAGACUACAACUCGUCUGAUGAGGACGACUUCGAGGACGAAGGCAACAAGCCCACCGACGGCGGGCCGGGCGGUGAUAGUGAGAACACAUAUCUCAAUCCGCUGGACAAGGCCAAACUGGUACACCUGUUGGCCCGAUUGCCAGCCACGCUCAGCCGGAUCAGGAAGGGGGACAUCGCAAGAGUGACGACCUUCGCCAUCACACACGCAAGUCGUGGCGCCGAUGAGAUUGUCGACUUGAUCGUCUCUAAUGUUCGAAAGCCAUUCGCCUUCACAGCGGCAAACUCCGAGCACAAGCCAGAUUCCAAAGCCGAUGGCAACGACGCUCCCAAAGGGGAAUCUGAUCCUUCGACACCGAUCCCAGAGGAGAAGGAUAAGCCGGCCUCGGCCGAUCAGGUUGACACCAGUGCUGCAAGUCUGGUCGCCCUUUAUAUAGUCAGCGAUAUACUCUCGUCAUCAGCUACCAGCGGAGUUCGGCACAGCUGGAGAUUUCGUCAACUGUUUGAGACAGCGUUACGAGACCGCAAGGUCUUUGAGUACCUGGGUCAGACAGCGGAGCGCCUAAGCUGGGGAAGAUUGAGGGCAGACAAAUGGAAGCGCAGCGUGGGACUUGUAUUAAGUCUCUGGGAGGGAUGGUGCGUCUUCCCCGCCGAGACCCAGGAGCUGUUCGUGAAGAGCUUCGAAGCCCCGCCUAGCCUAGUGGCAAAGAAGGUCGAAUCACAACAAGGAGACGGUGCUACUGCCGAGGAGAUCGAAAAGAAGGCUGGCGGUAGCCGAUGGAAGACGGUCGAGGCUGAAGGCACGGCAGAGACUGGGAAGGGAUUCAAACCUGUUACUGCCGUCGACGUGGGAGCAAACUUUGACCCUUCGGCAGAACGCAUGGAUGUCGACGACGAUCUCGAUGGCGAGGCAAUGGAUGACGAAAUUGAUGAAGACGUGCUCAUGGACAGCGACAUAGACGGCAAGCCAAUGUCUGAAGACGAGGAUGACGCGCAGGGCGACCCCAUGGAUGAGGACACAACAGAAGUCCAACAAGCACAACCACCAAACCAAGCUCCUACGGACGAGGAUAGGCCGAGAACCUCGGCAGAUUCUGGCCCACCGGGGGAAAGCUCAACAAAAACAGAGAGGCCCACGAGGCGGAGGAUACGAGCUGUAGACAUGUUUGCAGAUGACGACAAGUCCAGUGACGAGGGUGGCCGUAGGUAG